AUGGAUAAAAUCAGCUUAUAAGGUGAAAUUAACACAUUGAAAUUGGAAAAUAUGAAUCUAAAAUUCAAGAUCAAAACAUUAUUAGAAGCAAGGUAAAUUGCAUUAGGAAAUAAUGAACAGAUAAUAAAUUAUGAAGAUAAGAUAUUAGAACUUCAAACUAUUAUUAAUGAAUUAAGAAAUAGGUGUGAUGAUUUUAUAUAUAAGAAUGAAGUGCUUAAUGAUGAAUUGGAAUAUGAAAGGUAUUAUAAUAAUAAUAUUGUUGUAAAGAAAUAAAUUCUAAAAUUUUACAUCUUUUAAUAAGAGAGACUUUAACAAUCCUAAUUACUAAGAGUAGAUUAAUAAUUUGAAGAAGAAAUUAGAAAUAGAUUUUAAGAAUAACAAUUAAUAUUCAGAAGAAUUAGAAAAGAUCAUUUGUAAUUAAUAUGAAACCAUUAUUUAAUUGGAUUUAGAUAAAUAAAAACUGUUAACUAAAUUAAAGCUUUAAAAUAAUUCAGGUAUAAUAAUUUAAGAAGAUGAAGCUGAAUUGAAUGUAGAUGAAUUGUAGUAGAAUCUUGAAUAAUCAAUUAAAUAAAUAAAAAAAUUAGAAUAAUAACUAAAUGAAAAAUAAUAAUCAUUAAAUGAAUUGAAUUAAAAAUAUCAAAUACUAUUAAAUUAAUUUUAAUAAUAGUAAUAAGUUCUAUAAUCAAACUAAGUAAAACCAUCACUAUUAGAUACAUUACAUAAAUCUAUUAUUUAAACUUAACCAAGCUAUGAUAUACAUUAAAGUCAUUUUAGUAAAUCAAUAAUCUAAUCAAAAUGA